GCGUCUGUCUGUCUGACCACAGGUAGUGCUCAGAUUUCCCUGCCUGUACUGUGCUCUGCUGUUCUCUAUCGUCUGCCCAGGCCGGUGCGGCUCAGCUAGCCACAGCGCUGGAAUUCUCAGGAGCAUGGAAUUUGGAGUUCUGUGAAUAACUGAAGUGGAACACAGACCUCUCUUGGUCUAGGAGACGGCACCAUGGACGGUGAGCCGUGGGGCCGGAGCAGCAAGUCGUCGAGACCAGAAGACUCUCCUGACACCAGACUCCUUUUAAAUUCGUGGAUGGGGGAUAUUGUGUCGGAUUGGUCUCCUAUGCACGAAGCUGCCAUCCAUGGACGUCUGCUCUCUCUGAGGAGCCUCAUUAACCAGGGGUGGCCUGCAAACCUCAUCACGGCAGAUGGUGUGUCCCCACUCCAUGAAGCCUGUCUUGGAGGUCACCUGUCUUGUGCCAACCUUUUAUUAAGGCAUGGAGCUCAGGUGAACUGUGUCACUACCGACUGGCACACUCCUUUGUUCAAUGCUUGUAUCGUGGGCAGCCUGGACUGCGUGACUCUGCUUCUGCAGCAUGGAGCCAGUCCGCAUCCUGUGAGCGACCUGGCUUCUCCCAUCCAUGAAGCCGCUAAGAGAGGCCACAUGGACUGUGUGGAGAUCCUGACCGCUCACGGAGGCAACCUGAACCUUAACAUCCGCCACCUGGGCACCCCGCUCUACCUGGCGUGCAAAAAGCAGCAGGUGGCCUGUGCCAGGAAGCUUCUGGAGUCAGGAGCAAACGUGAAUGAAGGCCGAGGUCAGGACACCCCUCUUCAUGCAGUGGCCGGCACAUCCAGCAGGGAGCUGGCCCUCCUGCUCAUGGACUUUGGAGCGGACACCCAGGCGAGGAACGCGGACGGCAAACGUCCUUUGGAGUUGGUGCCUGCAGAGAGCCCUUUGACCCAGAUCUUCUUGGAGCACGAAGGGCCCCCUUCUCUGUUGCAGCUGUGCCGCCUUCGAAUCCGGAAGUGCUUCGGGGUCCAGCAGCAUCAUAAGAUCAACGGGCUCUUUCUCCCAGAGGAGCUCAAGCGUUUCCUCCUACACAUGUAAACGUGUCCGGGGGAUGGAGGCACACACAGCGCACACAUAUUGUUGAAUGUUGUGCGCAUUGGCAUUUUGAAAUAAAGCCAGGUUCAUGAAGCAUA